GCCUUUCGCGGGACCUGGCCUGGCUGGGAUUCAAUCCAUUGCAAACACUUCACCCGUAAAGUAUUGCGCGCCCCUUUUUCGGUUUCAUUGCUGUUUCCAGUUCAGUUUACAAAUAAAUAGCAACAGCAACAGGAGCAACAGCAGUAAGCAACAGGGUUUUCGCGUUAUUUUUUUUUGCGUGUUAGAACCAAAUUUGGAUCGUCCCGUCCUUGGCAAUGUCGGACAAAUUAAAAGAACCACCGACCAGCAGUCGUGAUAGUACAAUGGAAGCGAAGAAUGCGGUCGAGGUUCCGCUGGCAGGUAGCGAAGGUAAAGCGGGUACACCCCGAAAGCCGUCCCAGUUUGAUUGGGAUGUUCUGAAGACCUGGAAGGGGGCACUGAAGCUGGCGCAGUUGGUGGCCGGCAUUAUCAUUCUCGGAUUGGAACAUCCCAGACCGAAGCUUCCCACGUAUUCUACGGUGGACGGUUUACUGUUCUUCAUUACACUUUAUGUGACCAUCGCGACGCUAGUGAUUCUGGUAGAUGCACUGCAGAAAACACAUCCGGUUCGGAAUACAUUUGGGCCGUAUCAUUGGUUCCGUGUUGAACUAUAUUUCACCGGACUGGUUGCGGUUGGACUGCAUAUCCUCGGAUUCUUGGUACUGAUGAGUGCCGUCAGCUACUGGUGGGUACCGGAAUUGAAUCUCGCCGGAAGUGUGAUUGCUUUGGUGGCUAGUGCAUUGUAUUUCAUCGACUGGUGGAGGCUGUUUAGUGGACGAUCUGCUGUAGUGGCCGAAACCGGAUCAGCACCAGCUGUGGAACAGCUUGUCGUUGAAACGAGAUAGAUUGGCGAUUCUGAAUUGGAAUAACAUAUUGCAGCUGAAAGUUUUUCUCACACUAAAUAUCAUGAAACAACAAUUCGCUCUGCUGUAGAUGAGUUCAUAGGCGAUUGCACCACACCCUUUUUCGACUAUCGGUCGGCUUGUGCUCGGCAUCUUGUUGAGCUGUGAUAGCUGAUAGAAGAGCACAUGAAGAUGCCGGUUUGUUUGCCCAGCACAGAUCGGAAAGAGAUACGGUACGGUAUCAGUCAUACAUUAUGAAAUAAUUUUUAUUAUUACACCUACACCACCGCUCAAUAACUGGGGUGGUAAGUUCACGACAGCACCGAAACAACGUAAUCAAACCAUCACAGCGGGACUGUCAAAGACAGCAGAGCACAUGAACCGAUCUAUUUCGCAACGGCAAGUACACGCCGAAUUACUUCCCAAUAAAUGGAACCAUAUGGACCGAGAUAAAUAUUUACACACAUCUAACAACACUAACAGGCAACGGCCAACCCUUUCGCCGCCCCUCCCUCCCUGACUCGGUUGCACUCGAUCAUCUAUGUAAUAGGCGACGGGAUGAAGUGCAAUCCUGCGUGUUAUAAUAAAUAUGAGGAGAUAUCGAGUCAGCGGGUGUUCACUGUGUUUUUACCGAACCGACGUGUGCGCCUGUGGCGUAUUUAACACUUCAACAGGCUGGAGAACAAAACGAAACCAUAAACGAGAAAUUCGCCAUCCAUUAUAUAUGUGUAUUGCAGCUUAAGUGUAAGUGAAAGUGUUUUGAUGAUCGAUGUAUUUUAAUAAAGUAAACUUUACAUAUUUAUGUAUAUCCGAUA